CGAACGUCAUUUCCACCAAACAACAAACAUGGCGGCGUCCGAGUCGUCAAGUAUGGAGGUUGAUGUUAAAACCGUAAGUGAAGCCGUUAAAAUAGAGUAUACAGAGUCCGGCGAUAAUGUCUCCGCAGGACCACCGUCUCGCAGUGUGUACAUCCACCUCAUUGGCAAUGAUGGAACUAUUGUGUGACGCCCAAAGCAGCAAACAGGAGCUGAUACUGCACAGGACGUCCAUUCCGGUGCCCAGUGAAAGCUACGGAUUACGGGUGGGAGCAGCACAAGAACAGGUGAAAGCCAUCGAGCACUUAACCUCACACCUGGAUCCCACUUCAAGGCAGGCUUUUCUGAUGGAUAGAGUGAUAGAUCCCUUGGGAAUAGCACCCAAAGGAGUUAAAAGUGCUAGUUGGUCUCCAUUCGGCUGUGAUUCUCAUGGACGCUGUUUGAUUGCAUGCCUGACUCUCGACCAUAGACUAACCAUCCAUCGCAGCCAUAAGAAUCUCACAUGGAGCUUGCUAGUGGAUCUGACCAAGAAAUAUGGCGACAUGCUACAGGAGCGAGGCUACGCUAAAAAAGAUGACAAGCCACCACAGAAGAACAUCUGUGAUUUUGAGGAGCUGCAGCGACGUUUCCAGAUGCAGACUCCAUUAAGGAUGAAGUGGUCGAGUAUUUACACAGUGAAACACGUGCAAGCCGACAACAUGUGCGUUGAUGCGGAGAUGGUACUCCUCGCCGUCUUGAUGGAAAACGGCGACCUUGUUUUGUGGAAGUUUGUUUUGCCGUUUGAGAACGGAGCAGAUGUUGUCUUUUAUGAUGUCAUCGAGUCCAAAGUGAGCAGACCCAGUGAUUUGGAGUGGUGGGAGUAUGAAAACGCAGGAAGACGCAUGAGCGGAUUGAUUGUCGGCAGUGAGUCGGGCACACUUAAGAUCAUGCCAGUCAGCAUGGUAGGGGUGAAGGGCUACUUCACACUGCGCCACCCUGUCACGCUAUGGAAGGAAUGCGACCAGAUCGCUGUUGACAACAUUACGUGUGUGCCACUGGUCCACCCGAUUCAGAAGUUGAACUGCAGUCUCAUUGUGGCGUCUCGCGGAUGCUACAUCUACUGGUGUUUGCUUAUGAUUUCUCCAACUGGACUGAACGUGCACAACUCACACGUGGUGGGCCUUCACUCGCUUCCAGUUGUCUCGCUUGCAGUCAGCAACCACGGGGUCGUGUACACAUGCUCCAUGGAUGGGUGGAUAAAGAAGCUGACACCACAAUUCACAGAAAAGACUUUGAUUUUUAAUAAAGAGAACAUGCUGGGUCCAGAUUUUUUAGAUCAGAGGAGAGUCCAUGGGAUUACGUUAAGCUGCAAUGGAGCAUAUAUUGCGCUGGCCAGCACACAAGGUCUGGUCGACAUGUUUCACCCAAUUCACAGGACUUAUCAAGUGCACUUUAUAGCUGUGAAAUCGCCAGAAACGGCAGCAGGACUUGUGCUAAAAUCCCCCACGCAGAACUUGUACAAGCAAGCCGACCUGUUGGAUCUUAUAAGGUGGAACGUCUUAAAAAACAAAAGCAUUCCAGAGGCGUUGCAGCAAGAGCUCGAUCAGAAGAUCCAAGGGGAAGACUCUUCCUACUUGUGGCGCUUUAAGCUGUUUUUGGUUCGGAUACUAUACCAGUCACUUCAGUCACCACUGACAGAUCACUACUGGAAACCUUCUCAGGAGGUCGGCAAGACACUCAUGAAAGAGGACGGAGAUGGAGAAGAGGAGGAAGAUUUGUACGGUGAGGCUAGCGCCGUUAAAGGGAUGAAGCAGAUGGAGCAAGUGAAGGCAUUGAUCAAUUCAGUGGAGACCCACCUGGUUAGAAAGAACAUGAAGAAGGUGCUCGGUGUGGUGUACCUCAACACACGGAUCACAGAAAACACAUGCAUUCCCACUUUGGCCGUGGCUGAGCAUCUCUCAAAAGAUACCAGUGACAAGGACGCCCAGAUCCUGAUUGGUCACAUCAAGAAAAAAAUGCACAAGCAGACGUUCCAGGAGCACUGCAGCUUAUGUCAGGAUGUGCUGCCCUUCACCGAUCACAAACAAGCAGUGUGUGAAAAUGGUCACAUGUGGUUCAGGUGUGUGCUGUCUUACCAGGCGUGCCAGGCGCUGACAUUCAGACGAUGCCUGUUGCAGGACAGCAUCUCUGGACUCCCGGCACCUGAUGAUCCACAGUGGAUAAAGAACAUACUCCAGGCUCCAUGCUCGCUCUGUGACUCGCCAAUGAUCUAGAGCGAAACCAUUGCGGGAACACGGGAAAUCUCUGCAACCUCCAUCAUUUCCUUCUGAAUUCAAGUGUCCAAUUGCUGCUAAUAUGUUCAUAUUUAUGUCUGCAAAUAAAUUGAUGCUUGUAUUUCCUCACUAGUGCAAACACCCAACUGAGGCUUUGAUUCCUAAUUUUAAUGAGGUGAAACAUUCUGCCAUUUUCCAAUCCUCUAAGAAUUAAGUUGAAAAUGUGUUUAUAUAUGGAAGCUUUCAUUAUUCAGUAGGACUUCAGGGCACCAUAAAUAAGCUGCCUCAUUUUUCAUUUUUUUUUUAUAAUUUGCCUGAAUUUCCAAACCUUUGGUGUAGUUUUUAUUGCAAGUAAGUGGAACUUCCUUACUGCUAGACCUAUUUUAGUCAUUUUAUACUUUUUCCUCCUUUUUUGAGCGAAACAUAAUACAUUCUGAAUAAAACAUACUCUCAGGAAGAAAAAAAAAAACUUGGCGUACCUACAUUAAUUGGCGGCGUAAAACAAUUUCCAUGCUCUGGGUGGAGGAGGAGGAGGAGGGCGUUGGUGCUCAGUCAUUCUCUCAGAUGAGGACUUCCGUUAAUGUAAACGCAGAAUAGAAGAAACGGCACAUGAGAUGAGCAAGAGGCAGGAAGAAAGUGAAAAGUGUGCUUAAAAACCUGCCGUGCUUCCUCCCACGGGAGCAGCCUGUAAUGAGAUUCAGUAGUAAUGAGGGACAGAACAUGGUGCCAGAUGUGAUUCUAAUUCUAAUCAAGGA